AUGGCUGACGAACGUCCUUUGGUUGUGGACAAUGGUACAGGCUUUGUCAAAGUGGGCUAUGCAGGCUCGAAUUUCCCGGAUCAUGUGUUCCCCUCCAUUGUAGGCCGACCGAUUCUGCGUACGGAAGAACGCGAUGCAAUCUCUGCGUCGGGUGUGGAGAUCAAGGAUCUGAUGGUAGGUGACGAAGCAGAGGCGGUGCGCACGUACCUGCAAGUCUCGCAGCCGAUGGAGCACGGCAUCGUCAAAGACUUUGAAGAUAUGCGUCAUGUGUGGAACUACACGUUUGAUGAAAAGCUUCGUAUUGAUCCUCGGGGCCGCAAAAUCUUGCUCACAGAGCCACCGAUGAAUCCGAAAAAGAACCGCGAGGAAAUGUGUCGCAUCAUGUUUGAAGAGUACGGCUUUGAUGGUGUCUACGUUGCCAUCCAGGCCGUUCUGACUCUCUAUGCUCAGGGUCUGCAGACGGGUGUGGUUGUGGAUAGUGGUGAUGGUGUGACGCACAUUGUGCCUGUGUACGAGGGCUUUGCGAUGCCACACUUGACGCGACGUCUGGACGUGGCUGGCCGCGAUGUGACGCGCCACCUUAUCAAACUGCUCUUACUGCGUGGCUAUGCAUUCAAUCGUACAGCAGAUUUCGAGACGGUGCGCCAGAUCAAAGAGAAACUGUGCUAUGUGAGCUACGACUUGGACCUCGACAAGCGCCUGGCAGAUGAAACGACGUCCCUCGUGGAGACAUACACACUGCCUGAUGGCCGUGUAAUCAAGGUGGGCUCGGAACGCUUUGAGGCGCCCGAGUGCUUGUUCCAGCCGCAUCUGAUUGGGUUGGAGCAGCCUGGUGUCUCCGAAAUGCUUUUCCAGACGAUUCAGACGGCGGCAGUGGAUGUGCGUCCUGAAUUGUACAAACACAUUGUGCUAAGUGGCGGUAGCAGCAUGUACCCUGGCCUUCCCAGUCGUCUGGAAAAGGAGAUGAAGCAGCUGUACCUCUCUCGUGUGCUGCAUGGUGAUGGCUCGCGCCUGGCGAACUUUAAGAUUCGUAUUGAGGACCCGCCGCGUCGUAAGCAUAUGGUCUUCCUUGGCGGUGCGGUCCUGGCGGACAUUAUGAAGAACCGCGAUAGUUUCUGGAUCAGCCGCAGCGAAUGGUACGAGCAGGGCCCACGUGCAUUGGAUCGCCUGGGUCGCCAUGCGUAA